GCUUUCCAAUUGACCUCAUUGGCUCAUUAUAUACCACCAGCUUUCCGCCAUUGAUUUGAUUCUCCAAUAGUAUAACCGAGCCCAAUAUUAAGAAAAGCAAAGCGCGAUGAAAGAGUGCGAACUGUGUCAAGCUGGCGGCGGAGCCAGGGUCUUCUGCGAGUCGGACCAGGCGAGCUUGUGCUGGGAUUGCGACGAGAAGGUCCACGGCGCCAAUUUCCUUGUGGCCAAGCAUUCCCGCAUCCUCCUCUGCCACGUCUGUCACUUCCCCACUCCCUGGACGGCCUCCGGUCCCAAGCUCGGCCACACCGUUUCAUUCUGCGAUUCUUGCUUCUCCCUUCACGGCGGUGACUACCCGACGACCGAGAGAAGCGGCGACGACGGCGGAGAAGGAGGGCAGUUCGACAUCGAGGAAGAUGAGCAGACGACGACGACAACGACGACGGGGGAGGAUGAGGGUUUUUCCGAUGAUGAGUACGGUACGGAUGAGGAAGAUGGGGAUCUGAAUCAGGUUGUGCCGUGGUCAGGGGAGAGCUCUUCCGGCGCCGAAGAUGAAAGCAGACCGGCGGCGGCCCAAUAGUUUCUCUUUGUUGGGCUUGCGAUCCGCUGGAUAGGAAUCCAAGGUUUGGGCCCAUGUAAAAGCCCAAUCCAUCUUCUUUUCCAACAAGGCACAAAGCUAGGGCAGGUUCUACUUUGCAGUUCUCUUCUACACAUUAGAAAACCAACCUAUAAAUGCAUAUUUGAAUACAAGAACUGAAGAACGGUUUACUAUAUUUUAGAUGGUAAAGUUCAAGCAAGCAGAAAAAAAGGAUCAGGUAAUGAGCUGAAAUGGAAAAGGUAGAUUUCUGAUAAAUGGCAACAGAAAGC